GAGGACGGCGUGUGACGUCAGAGGAAGGGCAGACGGGCCGGGUUGAGGCCGGGGAAGUGACGUCAGAGUCAGGGCAGUGGGUGGAUAGAGAGUGCCAGAGCUUUCCAGAAGGAGAGAGAUCCCGGGCAGAUUGCAGAUACCUCAAUAAGCUGCAAGAUGGUAGAUUACAGCGUUUGGGAUCACAUUGAAGUCUCAGACGAUGAAGACGACACCCAUCCCAACAUAGACACAGCCAGUUUGUUCCGAUGGCGGCACCAGGCCCGUGUUGAAAGGAUGGAGCAGUUUGAUAAAGAAAAAGAAGAUCUUGAAAAAGGGGCGACAGAAUGUAAAAAGAAACUUGCUGAAUGUCAGAAGAAACUGAAAGAACUGGAGGUUCAGGAUAAGGCAAAGUCUGAUGCCGAGAAGCUUAAAAAGGAAGUGGAACAGCUGAAGAAAGAAGAGAAGAACUGGUAUAAGAAGCAAGAUGAACUGAAGAAGAAAGAGAAGACAAUGCCUUGGAAUGUGGACACUCUCAGUAAGGAAGGGUUUAGCAAGAGUGUUUUCAAUGUAAAGCCUGAAACCAAUGAGGAGACCGAGGAGCAGAAGGAACAAAAGCACAAAACAUUUGUAGAGAAGAACCUCAAGCAGCUCAAACACUUUGGAAUGCUGCACCGCUGGGAUGACAGUCAGAAGUACCUGUCUGAUAACCCCCACCUAGUAUGCGAGGAGACCGCCAACUACCUGGUCAUCUGGUGUAUUGACCUGGAAGUGGAAGAGAAACAUGCUCUUAUGGAACAAGUCGCCCACCAGACUAUCGUCAUGCAGUUUAUUCUAGAACUGGCAAAGAGCCUAAAGGUUGAUCCCCGGGCGUGCUUCCGCCAGUUCUUUACCAAGAUAAAGACUGCUGAUCAACAGUAUAUGGACGCCUUCAAUGACGAGCUGGAGGCUUUCAAGGGCAGAGUUCGAGAACGGGCAAAAGUCCGAAUAGAAAAGGCCUUGAAGGAAUAUGAAGAAGAGGAGCGGAAGAAGAGGCUAGGACCCGGAGGAUUGGAUCCUGUCGAAGUCUAUGAGACUCUUCCACCUGAGUUACAGAAAUGCUUUGAUUCGAAAGACAUUCAGAUGCUGCAGGACACGAUUAGCAAAAUGGAUCCUAAUGAAGCCAGGUUUUAUAUGAAACAGUGCAUUGACUCCGGGCUAUGGGUUCCCAAUGCCAAAGGAGACGCUCCUGACCCGGAGAGUGCCGACACAGAACCAGUCUACGAAGAGGCCAAAAGCGAGUCCACCGAGCAGAGCGCAACAUCUUAAGGGUUUGGCCAUGGAAAAUGUGAACUCUCCAAAGCAGAUCUCAAUGUGGUGCAAUAAAAGUAGAAGAAUCUUUUUCUGAGGGCUCCUGAAGGACCUUUCUGACCUAGCAGACAAUACUUUCAACCAUCCUAUAAAUUAUGGAACCAAUUGAGAAGGCUGAAGAAAGCAAAACACUGAAGGGGAACAAGAAUGCAAACUGGUGACACGAGGGAUGUGACUUAAGAUCCGGUAGCCUGUAUCCCCCAAGCAUCAUGAUUUCUGGCGGAUAGACCGAUAGAUCACUCUUUUGUUUUGUUCCUUCCUAUGCACCUAGGGCUAUGAGUUUUUGAAGCUGCUUUAUCCCUCAGGGCUGAAUGGAUUGUAUAGUGUCCCAGCACGUGAUACUGAGCAGAUGUAAUCCCUAUAGUGCAGUAGCUGCAGCAUAGGGAUUGUUUACUACAGCUGGUGUGCCAUGCCUGUAUCACUACUGGGAUGGGGAUAUUGGUUGUCUUGUAUCCUGUGUGGCUAUCGAUCAUUUGCUUGUUCUGCUUCUAUGUCAAUGUUACAGCACUGAAAAGAACAUUAAAGUCCCUUUUUUUUUCACAAAAAAUUAAGUGCAU